UUCUGCCAUAGGAUACUGUAGCAAUAUCUUACAGACACCAUUCAUGGCCAAUCAGAAGCAGUGAAAUUACCUUAAAUUUUUUAAAUGGAACUCUGUAGCCAAUAGGAAAUCCUUUGGGUGGGAAGUGUAGCGAACCUUUCCUUUGGUUUUUAAGAACAAUUCUAAAUUUGCCCUCCCCCGUUUUUGAAGCGCAUGAGACCAUAGAUGUCUGCUGUGUGCAUUUGCUGGGUAUUUCCAAUCCUUAAGUUCUUGUGUUUGAAGUGAAGAAUCUGACCCCUGUUCUGCUUCUCAAGGUAACUUUAAAACAGGAAGUGUACAAAGGAGGUAACUGAUGACGUGAACAGCCAAUCAUGGCUUUGUAUUCUUAGCUGAUAAAACGGCUCAGCCAAUGGGACUGCUUUGGAGGCAAGGUUUGGUGUCAAAUAGCAGGCUAGAUUGAAUGCCUUUGACUGUUAAAGUGGAAGGAGGCUGCAGGCUUCAUUGGAGCCUCAGAGUUUUUCACUGAGGCAGGGGUCAGCUGAAAGACAAAGAAAAAUGGCGAAUAGUUUGCUGGGGGGUGGGAGGACAGCUGUUCGGGUUUUCACUGGAGUGGACAUUCCAGACUCAGGUUUCUGCAUCUUCUGCUGCCUUUUGUCCUCCGUUCUUUUUUUAGGGGGAGGGAUAGGAGUGACUUAAAUUCUCCCUGUCCGAGGAGAUAUAAAUAACUCCAUGUAAAAUUAAUGCAGUUCUCGGUCACCCACUGCCUGGGAAAACACACACAGGAGUGCCUGUAUGAGGCCUGACGCAGCUGAGAUGUUGUUUCCUUUUCGAAAAUGUCUACAGAAGGAGGGUUUGGCGGUACCAGCAGCAGUGAUGCCCAGCAAAGCCUCCAGUCCUUCUGGCCCAGAGUCAUGGAAGAAAUCCGAAACUUAACAGUGAAAGAUUUCCGGGUGCAGGAACUCCCACUGGCUCGUAUUAAGAAGAUUAUGAAACUGGAUGAAGAUGUGAAGAUGAUCAGUGCAGAAGCCCCUGUGCUCUUCGCCAAGGCAGCCCAAAUUUUUAUCACGGAGCUGACUCUUCGAGCCUGGAUCCACACGGAGGACAACAAGCGCCGUACUCUUCAGCGGAAUGAUAUUGCUAUGGCAAUUACAAAAUUUGAUCAGUUCGACUUUCUCAUCGACAUUGUUCCAAGAGAUGAACUGAAACCUCCAAAGCGUCAGGAGGAGGUGCGCCAGUCUGUGACUCCUGCGGAGCCCGUCCAGUACUACUUCACGCUGGCUCAGCAGCCCACUGCUGUCCAGGUCCAGGGACAGCAGCAAGGCCAGCAGACUACUAGUUCCACGACUACCAUCCAGCCUGGGCAGAUCAUCAUUGCACAGCCUCAGCAGGGUCAGACCACACCCGUGACAAUGCAGGUUGGAGAAGGUCAGCAGGUGCAGAUUGUGCAGGCCCAGCCUCAGGGACAAACACAACAGGCCCAGAGUGGUACUGGACAGACCAUGCAGGUGAUGCAGCAGAUUAUCACCAACACUGGAGAGAUCCAGCAGAUCCCGGUGCAGCUGAAUGCCGGCCAGCUGCAGUAUAUCCGCUUAGCCCAGCCUGUGUCAGGCACCCAAGUUGUGCAGGGACAGAUCCAGACACUUGCCACCAAUGCCCAACAGAUCACACAGACAGAAGUCCAACAAGGACAGCAGCAGUUCAGCCAGUUCACAGAUGGACAGCAGCUGUACCAGAUCCAGCAAGUCACCAUGCCUGCAGGCCAAGACCUCGCCCAGCCCAUGUUCAUUCAGUCAACCAACCAGCCCUCCGAUGGGCAGACCCCCCAGGUGACUGGAGACUGAGGGCCUGAGCAGGCAAGGCCAAGGACACCCAACACAAUCUUUGCCAUAGAGCCCCAGGUGAUGGGGACAUACCCUCCCUCACUAGAGGACCUGGGACUUCAUGCCUCCUUCAGGCUAAGACACUGGUGCACUACUUUCCACACCUGGGGACUGAGAUUCUACAACAGAACGAUGCAAUAUUCUUUAUUUUCUUUUUUUCAUUUUGUCUCCAAGGAAUCAAUAUUUCAGUAUGUUGAGCUGUGUGUCCAAUGCUAUAAAACAAGAAUAUUAAAUAACAUAUUUAUGGCAUUUUCUUGAAGCGUGUGGUUGAGGAAAUAAUUCUCUGUUUCCUGGCUUGGGCACUCACUGCCACUGCUAAGGGGCAGCCCGUGCUCCCUUCCUAAGGGUGCCCAGGGUUUCCACUCUGCCAGUUCUGCCCUCAGAACAGACCCUUUCCCCCAGCGUCCUCUCUGCCCUUCUCCAGAUCCCUCUGCAUCCAGAAGCCGUGGAAACAUUCCUUGUCUGUGGGCCAUGAACUCAUUCCCCACAGAGAGCUGGUUUCCUCCGCAGCCCUUCUCUCCAAGACCCAAGGAGACUAGGGCCUUGUGCUCUGCUCUGCCCACUGUUUCAUUGUUUGAUACGUUAUGAUUGUGUUCAUCUCCGUUGCUGCAUGGACUUCAAACUGCAUGAAAUGCAAUAAAUCUCCUUUUAGGUACUCGA